AUGCUUUCAACAUCAUCGCUAUUGGCCGCCGGCCUGUGGUGCUUGGCCGGCUUACAACCAGCCCUGAGCGCACCCUCAAAGAUCGACGCCCUCUACAUUGUCGGCAGACAAGACAAGGUCAUUGAGCCCAGACUCAACCGUGACUUCCCGGACCCGGCGCUGAUCCAGGCCGGCGACGGCAACUGGUACUCCUUCGCGACCAGCAACAACGACAAGCAGAUCCAGGUCGCCAAGGCCGCCGAGAUCUCGGGCUCGUGGGAGUGGCUCGACAUCGAGGCGCUCCCGGACGGCGGCUGGACGACGGGCAAGAACACCUGGGCGCCGGAUGUAAGACGACUCGACAACGGGUCGUACAUCAUGUACUACUCGGGCGAGGUCGUCGACGGCGGCGGCAGGCACUGCAUCGGCGUGGGCAUCUCAGACGCCGUCACGGGGCCGUACGUCCCGACCAAGGAGCCGUGGGUGUGCCCGUUCGACCAGGGCGGCGCCAUCGACGCCGCUGGCUUCUACGAUGAGUCGACCAAGAAGCGGUACGUGGUGUACAAGGUGGACGGCAACAACGUGGGCAACGGCGGCGACUGCAACAACGGCGUGGAGCCGCUCGUCGGGACGCCCAUCAUGCUGCAGGAGGUCGAGGCGGACGGGUACAGCAAAGUUGGCGAUCCGGUGCAGAUCCUCGACCGGACGGCGGCGGACGGCCCGCUGGUGGAGGCGCCGGACCUGGUGCGCACCGACGACGGGCUGUACAUCCUCUUCUUCAGCAGUUUUUGUUUUAACUCGGACAACUACAACGUCAACUACGCGACGAGCCGCGACAUCAAGGGCCCCUACGUGCGGCCGAGCCGGAUGCUGCUCAAGACGGGCGAUUUCAACCUCACGGCCCCGGGAGGCGCGACGAGCGUUGCUGGGGGAGGGCAGAUGCUCUUCCACGGCGACUGCGCGGAGGGGAGGUGUCUCUACCAGACGCAGUACUCCGUCACCGGCAGAGAUGUAAUCAUCAGCUGA